AUGGCUACAAAUAAACAACGUUUUUCUCUCCACGAUUUUCGUCUCUCUGCUGGUCAUGCGGACGCACGAGACCUCUACGUCAAGAUCAAAGACUCGUUGGACAAGGAGCAGUGGAACCCCGAAGACAACGAGGAGUACGAAGACGGGGAGGGCAACGUGCUCAACAGACGCACCUACGAGGGCUUGGCCCGCCAAGGCCUCAUGUAA